AUGGCCUCUGAUACGACAUUGGGGGGCUACUUAUCGACAAUCCUGCCUCGUGUGGUAAAUGGAGAGACAGAGGAUGUAAAAGGAGAAGGGGGAGCAAAGAGGUUCCCACAGAGUGACAACCUAUGCCUGAGCGGUAACGGUUUCUUUCUCUUCUUCGUCUCAUGCUUCCUUUCCUUCAUCAAGGGCGACACAGGGCUGCGCUUUAGCGAGGGUGGCAGAUGGCUUAGCUCCAACACCCGCCACGUGCGCAUCUACGUGGGGUACAUCGACCCAGUGACCAUGGAGAUGGACCAGACGCAGGCGGACAAGCUGUCGCUGAUGCUGGAUACGGACAAUGAGUUCCUGUGGACGCCCGAGACGGAGAAGAAGGUGUAUGACAAGUUCACAGAGCUCGUGGAAGGCUAUGCGGGUGCUGAGAUGUCAGAGUACACGCUUCGUCUCAUUGGCUCUGAUUUGGAGCACUUCAUCCGCAGUCUGCUGUUGGCUGGAGAGAUCUCGUACAACUUGGACUGCCGGGUGCUCAAUUUCAGCAUGGGCAAGCCACGCAUGCCAGAUCCUGCUGCUAAGUGA